GGGAUGGGCCUUCGUGCCAACGCCUCUGUGACGUCACUGAGCACUGUGACGGACGGCAGGAAACUCUGGCCCCAUUUCUUAGUAACAUCUCUGCGGGUCCCGGGGCAGCUAGGGCACGAAACUGUAGACACCAUGUCGAAAAGCGACGACAUCAUUGUCACCAAUGUCACCGUUGUCCAGCUGCGAAAACCAUGUCCCGAGCCCAAGCCCCAGCCCAAGCCUGAGCCCCAGCUCCAGUGUGAGCCCAAGCCUCAGCCUGAGCCACAGCCUAUCAAGGAGAAAGUUCCAUCUCCUCCACGUACUCCACCUCCUCCACCUAAGGUUCGGAAACUGACUGUUGGCAUCAAUGGAUUUGGACGCAUCGGUCGCCUGGUGCUGCGUGCCUGCAUGCAGAAGGGUGUGCAAGUGGUGGCAGUGAAUGAUCCAUUCAUCGAUGCAGAAUACAUGGCAUACAUGUUUAAGUAUGACUCCACCCAUGGCCAAUACCAGGGGACUGUGGAAUACAAGAGUGGACGGCUGAUCGUGGAUAACCAGGAAAUCUGUGUCUUCCAGUGCAAGCAGCCCAGAGAUAUCCCCUGGAAGUCUGUCGGGAGCCCCUUUGUGGUGGAGUCCACAGGAGUGUACCUGUCCUUAGAGGAAACUUCCAAACACAUCGAGGCAGGUGCCCUACGUGUGGUCAUCUGCGCACCCUCACCAGAUGCACCCAUGUUUGUCAUGGGGGUGAACGAAAAGGACUAUAACCCUGACUCCAUGAAAAUUGUCAGCAAUGCAUCCUGCACCACCAACUGCCUGGCCCCCCUCGCCAAGGUCAUCCACGAGCAAUUUGGGAUUGUGGAAGGACUGAUGACCACAGUCCAUUCCUACACUGCCACCCAGAAGACAGUGGACGGGCCAUCACACAAGGCCUGGCGAGAUGGACGGGGAGCCCAUCAGAACAUCAUCCCAGCCUCCACAGGAGCUGCCAAGGCCGUGGGCAAAGUCAUCCCAGACCUCAAAGGGAAGCUGACGGGAAUGGCAUUCCGGGUGCCAACACCAGACGUGUCUGUUGUGGACCUGACCUGCCGCCUGGCCCACCCUACCCCAUACUCAGCCAUCAAGGACGCCAUAAAAGCAGCAGCCAACGGGCCCAUGGCUGGCAUCCUUGCCUACACUGAGGAUGAGGUUGUCUCCACGGACUUUCUCACUAAUACCCACUCAUCCGUCUUCGAUGCUAAAGCCAGCAUCGCUCUCAACGACAACUUCGUGAAGCUCAUUUCCUGGUACGACAACGAAUACGGCUACAGUCACCGGGUAGUGGACCUCCUCUGCUACAUGUUCAGCCAAGACCACUGAAGCAAGACAGCCCCUCAGCUUC